CUAGAUAAGUUAUUUGGGAAGCGGCUGCUGCAGGCUGGGAGGUACAUCAUGUCUCAUAAGUCCUGGAUGAAGACCGUGCCCACUGAGAACUGUGACGUCCUCAUGACUUUCUCAGGUGUUGCACACAUACACACGCACACACGUCUCUUUGUUUUUGUUUACCUACACAUUUGUACAGCCAUCCAUGCACUAUGAAAAGCAUAGGUUAGCAUAAGUAAUUGUUCAUUUUGGUCUCUGUGGCUUGACUUUAUGAAUGGUGAUAAUGUCAUAGCAACAUUAGCCAUUCUAGUACAUAGAUAUGCUGUGCUACUCUUCUCAGUCAUUACUGGAACAUAAUGCUCAUUAGAUAACAAACACUCAUCGCUCCAGGCUAGUGUGAAAGUAAUGAUACUAAUAUGGGUUAAUACCUCUUUUGAGAUAAUGAUGCUACCUCUGAUUUUAAUUAAAAACAGUGUUUCUGUGUUGGUUCAUGUGGAACAAUUUCACAGUAAAACUGUUGUUAAUAUCUUGAAGGUUGGGAUUUUCAUUAAAACCGUUAUAUGAUGAUCUAAGAUAAACAAAUUAUUGUAUUUUUAAAAACAUGCAUCUUUCUUCUCUAUUCUAUUUCUUUCCUGUGACAGACCGGACAGAUGACCACACGUUGCUAUGGCUACUGAACCACCUGCGUCUGGGCAUUCCGGAACUCAUUAUCCAGAUCCGACAUCACAAACGCACACGCGUCCAUGCCUUCUUCAUCACGGCAACCUAUGAGAAGUAAGAACCCUGAGGGGGCAUGGCCAGCUAAUGUAUAGACAAUGACAUUGUGUGCUGCACGAUGACUAUAGCUGUAUGAAUGAACUGACAUUAUUAUUGUUAGCAUCUAAAUGGAUCCUGGGGUAGAGGGUAGUUACAGACAAGGCUUUAAUAAACCUGUUUGAAUUAGUGUCUUGACUGAUCAUAAAUAUAACAUUUCCUACAUCAACAGCAGAAGGUUAGUUAGUGUGUCAGCAAUACUAGUGUGGUCUCCCUUUGCUGUAUGUGAGUGUAUUACAACCACUGCUAAGAGAUCUGGGCCUAGGAUUGCACCAUUUUGGUAACUUUCCCCAAAUUCCCUGGUUUUCCAGAAAUCCUGGUUGGAGGAUUCCCAGAUUUCCUCCUUAAUUCCUCGCCAUUCCAGGAAUGUUCCAACCAGGAUUUCUGUAAAACCAGGGAAUUUGGGGAAAGUUACUGGAAUUUUGUUGUAGAAUGUUGGAAGGACUUACAUUCUGCAAUAGCUUCAACUCUUUCUAAACACAGUACUGUACAUGAUACUAUUAUGCUGUAUCUUACCUCUCUGGGUAAAUACCAGGGGAUUUAGAGAUGACUCUGGGUGAAUACCAGGGGAUUUAGAGAUGACUCUGGGUGAAUACCAGGGGAUUUAGAGAUGACUCUGGGUAAAUACCAGGGGAUUUAGAGAUGGCUCUGGGUAAAUACCAGGGGAUUUAGAGAUGUCUCUGGGUAAAUACCAGGGGAUUUAGAGAUGACUCUGGGUAAAUACCAGGGGAUUUAGAGAUGACUCUGGGUAAAUACCAGGGGAUUUAGAGAUGACUCUGGGUAAAUACCAGGGGAUUUAGAGAUGGCUCUGGGUAAAUACCAGGGGAUUUAGAGAUGACUCUGGGUAAAUACCAGGGGAUUUAGAGAUGGCUCUGGGUAAAUACUCAACAACCCAAGUAAGAGCGCAGAGGCCACUAGCCACAAUACCCCACAAUGCAUUUCACUCGGUGUUAGAGGAUGUCUGCUGUGCUGACUGACUGCUGUGCUGACUGAUCUGUUUUCAAGGGCUCUUGACUAUGCUAUCCUGAGAGUUUUAAGGGUGGCUUUUACCUCUUAACAAGUGAACGGAGUCGAGAGAGAGAGAGAGAGAGAGAGAGAGAGAGAGCUCACUGUCAGUGUGCAUUACUCAAAGAAAUGGUCAAGGCAGAUGGCUGUACAAGCACGUGUGCGCACACAAUCACACACACACACAGUCACACAUACUUGCACGCUCGUUCGUUCUCAGGUAUGUUGGAUGACCUAAAUUAACGUUAUAGAAAAGAUUAUGUAUGUAAUCUCCUUUACUGCUGCUGAAACGAUUCAAACUUGUGUUGAACCAUGAAAGUGAUAUGGAAAUGCUAAUAGUCAUGAGAUAGAAGGUUAAAAGAAAAUGAUACACGUUCACUUAUCUUCUAGCAGAUGGCAACAUUCAUUAAUCCAUUCACUCUUCCAUAGGUCUGAGUUUGCAGUUUUUUCCCACAAGCAGGGCUGAAUCUUUCAUUACUGGUGAUAUAUUAUUGUCUAAAUUAGCACAGAGCAAGCUGCAUAGAGUACAACUGGCUAGGCUAGCCCUCUCAGCAGUAUUGGACUGGGUUAUUUAUCCCAGGUUAGCAGUGGCCAAUGACAAUGGGACACUACGCGCAGAUAAAGACUUCUUGAAUUGAAAGAAAAGAAAAGUCUAUAAACUUUGAAUCCAAUAGAAGCUUGGAUGCUUGGACGUGUUCAGUCACGACCCAUCGUAAAGAGUCUUGGCAGUAGCAGGAUACCUCUCUAAAACAUACUGGCUUCAUCUUGAUAAGAAAUAGUGGAUUUGAGUAAAUGCCUAAAAAUAGAUAUAAUCUUUCUUCUUAGAUCGUUUUCAGUCAUUGUUGAGUUCAGUACUAUGGACUAUAUUGUAAAGCUGUUUCAUUCACGACCCGAGAGGGCCAUAACGGUAUGAUAGAUGUGUGCUGGUAAAUGCCAGCUAACACAGGUGUGGCCACACUCAAGUGUGUGUGUGUGUGUGUGUAUGUGUGUAGCUGUGUGAGUUGGGCUUAUCAUUCUGCAGAGAACAGAACAGAGCGAACAGAGCACAACCGCACAGUCAGCCUCUACAGAGAGGAGGAGAGGUGAGGAGGAGGAGGAGGAGGAGGAGAGGCGAGGUAGAACCUAGAAUAGAUACUGUUGUCAUUCAAGAAUGCUGUCAUUCAGAGUUUACUCAGGCUUUCCUUUGCUGCUGUGUUCAGUGUUAUUUGGUUUCCUUAAUGUACAUCUAUUUUACAUUUUACAUUUGAGUCAUUUAGCAGAUGCUGUUAUCCAGAGCGACUUACAGUUAGUUCUAUCAUGGGAAGUGUCAUAGAAUUCUUAUCAGAUGGCGUGGCGUGCCAGGACAGGUCUUAUUCACAUUAGACCAUGUAUUCCAAUCUUUGUGUGUAUGUUCUUGUUUUUCAUUGCAUGUGUGUGAUUGUGUGUGCGUGUCCAACACCUGUUUGUUUGCUUGUCCGUCACUCUGUUGGUUUGAGAGUGUGUGCUUCUCCAACCCGACUCUGCUCCAGCCGUGUGGGCCUGUGGAAGCGUGUGUGUGUUUCCCUAACUCUCUCCCUCUUACUCUUUCUCCCUGUCUCUCAGUCUGUUGCGUGGGGCAGAGGAGAUGGGUCUGAGGAAAUCAGUGAAGCCAGAGUUUGGGGGAGGAACACGCAGCUUCUCCUGUGAAGAAGACUACAUCUAUGAGAACAUUGGGAGUGAACUAUGCUUCUUCACAUCACAGGUCAACACAAACACACACACACACACAGACUUGUAUGAUAAAUAACCUUGCCUGAGAACCUGAAGAUUUGAUUCUGUCUGACCAGUCUGUCCCUCUCUCUCCUCAGGAGAGGCAAAGCAUCAUCAAGUACUGGCUCGACAAUCUACGUGCCGUGAAUGGAGAGGUGCUUCACAACAUACAGUUCCUGGAGGGACAGCCAAUCAGUGAGCAGCAUUUGAUGUUUGUUUUGCCUGUGUUAGUCACCAUGUGAAGUAAAUAAUGUUGUGUAACUUGUUUAUACCAGCACUGUGUUAAUCCCAAUAACAUACUGUAUAUGGGUGUGCGUGAGUGUGCUCCUGUAUGCUUCUAUGGGUGCUACUGUGUACUCUAUGUGUGUUUGAAAAUAAGAAUUCAUGUUUGAAUGUGUGUUCCACCAGUCCCAGAGCUAAGUGCGCGGGGCGUGAUCCAGAAGGUGUUUCCGCUCCAUGAGCAGAGGAUCCUCAGUCAGCUGAUGAAGUCCUGGGUGCAGGCCGUGUGUGAGAAACAGCCACUAGGUUAGUACCAGUGGAGGCUGCUGAGGGGAGGACGGCUCAUAAUAAUGGCUGGAAUGGAGUGAAUGGAAUGGCAUCAAACACAUGGAAACCAUGUGUUUGAUGCAUUUGAUACCAUUCCACUGUUUCCGCCCCAGCCAUUACCACAAGCCCGUUCUCCCCAAUUAAGGUGUCACCAACCUCCUGUGGUCAGUACACACACGCACAAACACACACUCACACACACAGAACUGUUUGUGUACUUUUCCUCCGGCUUGGUAGACUAGUGUUUGCUGGAGGUGAAUCGUUAGUGCAGUCAGGCUGUGCUGGGUGAACCGAGGCCAAAACUUACCAGAAAAAGUUUCUUCGCUCAGAGAAUUGUAUGUUGAAUUGAAUUAUAAAUGUUUAAUUGCUAACUGUCUCUCUCCCUCUUGUCUCUCUGUGGUGUUUCUAGAUGAUGUUCAUGAUUACUUUGGGGUGAAGAUAGCCAUGUACUUUGCCUGGCUGGGGUUCUACACCACGUCUAUGCUGUAUCCUGCUGUCAUCGGCUUUGUGCUCUGGAUUCUCACGGAGUCUGACCAGGUGACUUUCACACUGGGCCUUAUCACGUGCUUUUUCUAGCGUCCUGUCCAGGGGGUGUACUUGUACAUCAAGCUGCCUCACUACAGAAACAGGAGAUACAGUGCCUUCAGAAAGUAUUCACACCCCUUGACUUUUUCCACAUUUUGUUGUGUUAUAGCCUGAUUUAAAAUGGAUUUAAUUUAGAUAUUUUUGUCACUGGCCUACACACAAUACCCCAUAAUGUCAAUAAGUAUUCAACCCCUUUUUAUGGCUAGCCUAAAUAAGUUCAGUAGUAAAAAUGAGCUUAACAAGUCACAUAAUAAGUUGCAUGGACUCACUCUGUGUGCAAUGAUAGUGUUUAACAUGAUUUUGAAAUGAGUACCUCAUCUCUGUACUCCACACAUACAAUUAUCUGCAAGGUCCCUCAGUCAAGCAGUGAAUUUCAAACAUAGAUUCAACCACAAAGACUAGGGAGGUUUUCCAAUGCCUCACAAAGAAGGGCACCUAUUGAUAGAUAGAUAGAAGAAAAACAGUCAUUGAAUAUCCCUUUCAGCAUGGUGAAGUUAUUAAUUACACUUUGGAAGGUGUAUACAGAGUCACAACAAAGAUACAGGCGUCCUUCCUAACUCAGUUGCCGGAGAGGAAGGAAACCGCUCAGGGAUUUCACCAUGAGGCCAAUGGUGACUUUAAAACAGUUACAGAGUUUAAUGGAUGUGAUAGGAGAAAACCGAGGAUGAAUCAACAACAUUGUAGUUACUCCACAAUACUAACCUAAUUGACAGAAAGAAAAGAAGAAAGCCUGUACAGAAAACAAAUAUUCCAAAACAUGCAUCCUGUUUGCAACAAGGCACUAAAGUAAUAAUGCAAAAAAAAUUGGUAAAGCAAUUCACUUUUUGUCCUUAAUACAAAGUUUUAUGUUUGGGGCAAAUCCAAUACAACACAUUACUGAAUACCACUCUCUAUAUUUUCAAGCAUAGUGGUGGUUGCAUCAUGUUAUGUGUUUGCUUGUAAUCGUUAAGGACUGGGGAGUUUUUCCUGAUAAAAAAAGAAAUGGAAUGGAGCUAAGGCAAAAUCCUAGAGGAAAACCUGGUUAAUUCUGCUUUCCACCAGACACUGGGAGAUGAAUUCGCCUUUCAGCAGGAAAAGGCCAAAUCGACACUGGAGUUGCUUACCAAGAAGAUAGUGAAUGUUCCGAGUGGCCGAGUUAAAGUUUUGUCUUAAAUCUAAUUGAAAUCUAUGGCUUGAAUAAUUUUGAAAAGAAUAAUGGGCAAAAGUUGAACAAUCCAGUUGAACAAGUUGAACAAAGCUCUUAGAGACUCACCCAAAAAGACUCACAACUGUAAUCACUGCCAAAGUAUUGACUCAGGGGUGUGAAUACUUACAGUAUGUAAAUGAGAUAUUGCUGUAUUUAUUUUUCAAUAAAUUUGCACAAAAAAAAUCUAACAAUAUUUUUCAAUCAUUUCAUUCUAAACUGAACCAAUAUUUAUUUUUUUCAUUUCGUUCCACUGUUCAGACCAGCAGAAUAAAGUUCUGAACCGGUUCGAACCCCAAAAAAGUACCAGUUUAUAUCGUUCCUUUCUGUUCCUUAUUUAACCUGUGAACCAGGUUUUUAUAUUUAGCUCAUUAAAUUACUUCACUAAUCAGUGCGGAUAGAGCAGGCAAGCUAGUUGUUUACAUACGUGAUGGACAGACAAGUGUAGCCUAUGGCGCAAGAUGCGACUGAAAUUUUGUGGGUGGGAAGAGAGCGAGAGAGGGUUGAGGUGCAGGCUUGAAGCCCUGGGCAUCUUGUUAUGACAUGCAUUAUAUGAAUUAUAUAUAGAAGGAGCAGCUUCUAUGGAGGAACCAUGAAUGUCCUUUGAGCUAGCUAGCUUACAAGCUUGAGCUAGCUAGCUAACAAGCUUGUGUGUGCAGAGCAGCACCAGAAUUAAAAACAUGUCUUACCUUUUUUAAGUUAAUAAAUCCAAUAUGAAACGUGAUAAAUAGACCUAUAGUAUCCUUAACUAGCAUUGGAAAAGUUAAUCCAUUCUUCUCUACUAAUUAAAAAUCUCUCUCCCCCUAUCUACUGAAUCAAGCUUGUAAUGUCAGUACAGUAGCCUAUGCUUCGGAGGAGGGUCGAGGGGCAGGUAGCCUAAACAUGUACAGGCAAAGAUUUUCAGCUUGUAGGCAGAAACUGCUCUAAGUUUCUGAGUGAUAGAGUAAGGGCAUUGCAUAGGCACUUUGUUGCAUUUUGUUGUGGGACUAGAAAAAAAUGCCUGGAACGUAAAAUAACGUUAUUAACCAGUUCCCAUGCUUUUAAAGUAACGGUUCUGUUCCAGAACAGUAUGGAUCACUUUAGUUUCAGGUUACGUUUCUGUUCCUGGAAAAAUGUAGUUAUUUUCCGGUUUUCUGUUCUGUUCCCUGAACCAGUUCCAACCCCUGGUUUUCACUUUGUCAUUAUGGGGUAUUGCGUGUAUAAUCCAUUUUGAAUUCAGGCUGUAACACAACAAAAUGUGGUAUAAGUCUAGGGGUAUGAAUACUUUCUGAAGGCACUGUAAGCUCCUGCCAUUCUGGCUCGGACAAGGCUUACUUGUCCAAGGCUUACUUAACACUUACUUUUGAAGUGCACUGUCUGGAAUACGUUUAGAACAUAGACAGAGAUGUUCAUUGUGAUACACUCCGAUCUGCUCUCAAUCAGACUUAUGCCCUUUCCUUUCCCACUGAAUCACAGAGUGAGAUAUUAAACUGUUGACACUUGAAAAUGUAGAAACCUCAGAUAUGAUGAUCCCAUUUCUUCCUAAUACUUGAUCCUUUUCCUCCAGUCCUCCUUUAGUUUUUGCACAGGUGUUAUAGAGGUUACAUGUUUCCUAUUUAAAGAUUCACCUGUGUAUUCUCUCCUCUCAGACGAGCCGUGAUAUCUGCUGUGUAGUGUUUGCUCUGUUCAACGUGGUGUGGGCCACGCUCUUCCUGGAGAGGUGGAAGAGGAGGGGGGUGGAGCUGGCCUAUAAGUGGGGUACGCUGGACACCCCUAACGAGUCCCUAGAGGAACCACGGACACAGUUUAGGGUGAGGAGGACAUGAGAACAUUUCAACACAAACUCUCAAUAUACUUUACAGAGAAAAUGAUGGACAACAGUUGUAAACCUUCUUUCUUGCCUUUCUCCUCCCUCCCUUUACCCUCUAUCUCACCCUUUCCCUCUUGCUCCCUCCCCUCCAUCUCCCCUCUCCCCCUCCAUCUCCUCUCUCCCCCCCUCCCCCCUGCAGGGCGUGAAGCGGUGCAGUCCCAUAACAGGCUGUGAGGAGUUCUAUUACCCUCCGUGGAGGAGGAGGGUGUUCAGGUGGCUGGUCAGCCUACCCAUCUGUAUCCUCUGUCUCUGCUUUGUCUUCCUGGCCAUGCUCAUCUGCUUCGAGCUGCAGGUACGUCAGUACUGUUCCCUCUGGCUGCUGCUGCUCUAUCUACAUAACUGCCUGCCUAAUGUCUAGGGAGCUUACCCAAAAUUCACAGGUUUUCCAGAAAUCCUGGUUGGAGGAUUCCAGAUUUCGUGCUUAUUCCUUCCUGAUUCCAGGAAAGCUUCCAACCAGGAUUUCUGGAAAACCUGGGAAUUUUGAGAAAGUUACCGGAAUUUAACAACCCUACAAUAUAGAUAAUUUCCUUCAACCGCAGAAAGGGUUUGAAGGGAAAUAUACCUGUGGAAUUGAUCGUAACGGGUCGCUGCUGUGAAAUGUCAACACCCUGUGCAUUGCGCCAAUAGAGUUAGCCCACUUGGUGGGAAUUGUAACGUAGCUCAUAUUAGCGAGGAUUGCUACAAUAUUAGGUAGCUGUUGUUGUUGUCUCACAGGAGUUUGUGAUGGGGAUCAAGGAGGUACCUCGCCUGGCCCGGUUCAUCCCUAAAAUCAUGCUGGCCAUCACUGUGACAGCCUGUGACGAGGUGUACCGGAAGAUAGCCUGCUGGCUCAACGACAUGGGUGAGAACACGCAUGCAAACACACACACACAAACGCACGUAUGCACACACACGUAUGUAGACACACACAGAGCACUCAUCCGUCAAGCUUGACAGCUGCUUCCUGAGUACUAAGGCGGAACAAUAUAUACACUACCAGUCAACAGUUUGGACACACCUAUUCAUUCAAGGGUUUUUCUUUAUUUGUACUAUUUUUUACAUUUUAGAAUAAUAGUGAAGACAUCAAAACUAUGAAAUAACACAUAUGGAAUCAUAUAGUAACCAAAGAAGUGUUAAACAAAUCCAAAUAUAUUUUAUAUUUGAGAUUCUUCAAAUAGCCACCCUUUGCCUUGAUGAUAGCUUUGCACACUCUUUGCAUUCUCUCAACCAGCUUCACCUGGAAUGCUUUUCCAACAGUUUUGAAGGAGUUCCCACAUAUGCUGAGCACUUGCUGGCUGAUUUUCCUUCACACUUUUUUGGUUACUACAUAAUUCCAUAUGUGUUAUUUCAUAGUUUUGAUGUCUUCACUAUUAUUCUACAAUGUAGAAAAUAGUAAAAAUAAAGAAAAACCCUUGAAUGAGUAGGUGUGUCCAAAUUUUUGACUGGUACUGUAUAUAUCUAUUAUUAUUUAUUUAUUUUUAUUCAGGUGAUGAUGAUGAUGAUGAUGAUGAUGAUGGUGAUGAUGAUUAUUGCUGUGAAUGCUGACCUGGUAUUUAUUCCCCCACAGAAAACUACAGACUCCAGAGUGCCUAUGAGAAAAAUCUCAUCAUCAAAAUGGUCCUUGUGAGUGGUGUCAUCUUCUUCCUUAUUACAUGGAAAUUGGACUCACUUUUCACAUGACAAAUGAUUGAAAUACAGAAUCCACACAUACACUUUAUCUCUAAAGUUUUUACAACUCACAUGUUUUGUUUCUUUACUUGCAGUUUCAGUUUGUAAAUUCUUAUCUCAGUCUUUUCUACAUUGGAUUCUACCUCAGAGACAUGGAGCGUCUGAAAGAGGUAAAAGCGACUGAAAUCCCACCAUGUUUCCACUCCUUCCAAAAAGUUACCCAAACCAUUUUCAUCUCCCUGGUCUUCCUUCCUUAAUCCCUCUCCCUUCUUCAUAUGUUGCUCUCUCUCCAUUCUGCCUAUUUCUCCAGCCGUCUCUGUGUUGUGUGGGUCUGUGGUGCUGGUCUUGUGGUGCUGGUCUUGUGGUGCUGGUGGUGCGGUCCUAGAUGUUACUGGUGUUCUCGCUGGGCCAGAGUCUUCUCAGGCAGCUGAAGGACAAUGUGCUGCCAUAUCUCUUCCUCAAGAUCCAGCUGCUGGUCGUCACCAUCCCCUGGGUCAUCAGGGCCUCCUUUAGGUCCAAAGUACGACCUUGUCCCCCCACCGUGGGUCAGGGGUUAGAGUCAUCUCGACAUUACCUGCCCAGCACCCCAUGCCUUACACCUUUAAACGUCAUGUGCCUUAUUUGCAGGGGUGAAAGUAUAAUACAUUUCUUCCCUGUAUGGGACAUCCAAUAUUUUUUAUGGGCCUAAUCAUAUAAUUACAUAUAUAAUCCCUAUUAAUUCAAUAGGAUCUCUGUGGGCCUAGUCGUGAAGAUUUGUCAUUUAACUUUUAAAAUGUAUUACCUUUUAUUGUGGCAUAAACACAACCCGUCAUGAUGUUUUCAUCUGAUUGUCAAACAAUCACUUUAAACCUUUACUAGGCUACCCACGUACGUUCAUCCACUCGCAAACAUAUUUCCAGCCUCCAAACAGUGGUGAAUGGAAAGAGACAUCUGUUACACAAAACACCAAAAAGUGGAAUGACAUUUGCCGAUUGUCAUUAGGUCCGAAUUUAUGCGUCCACUGCUGUGUGCGUCUCGGUGUCGGCAACUCAUCUCUGCCUCUAAAGGCUAGCUAUGCCACCAACCGAUUUCAAGUCCAUUUGCUCAUUUUUCAUGGCUUUUGACAUGUGGUAAUAAUUAAAAGUGGUGUAAUAGCCUACAGUUUUCUUGUCAUUUUGUUUUAAUUAUUGUGAUAGGCUCAUGUUUUGCCGGGUAGCCGUACCGAACUGUACCGCCUUACUUUCACCCGUGCUUAUUUGUUUAGAGUUGUAGUCUGUUGAUUUGUUGUGCUUGUAGUUUUUCACAUCUUUAUGCAUCGUUGGCGUUGCAUAGAAAGCUUUUAUAUGUUAGGUUAAUCUCUCGUGGAAAGAUUCUGCGUGUAAUCCGAGAGAAUCUGUCGGGACUGAAAUGGAUUCGUAAUAUAAGAGCAGCAGUAGUUCCGGUGUUUGGGUUUUUUCGACAAAUCACAAUUUCGCAGUUGUUUGUAUCUUUCGAAAUUCGGAAAGGGAGGGACAUUCGGCCCGUAACUUGCAAAGAGAGAGGGUGGAGCACAUCAUUCUAGCGUUUUUUGAUCUCUUCUCUUAACAUGUAUGGACCCAGAACUUAAUGCUAUGUUGAUUUAAAAAAACACAUAUAGAAUGUUCCACAGUUGUUUUUUUGUUCUGCCUGUUUCGUUGUUAAUUGUGUAUAUGAUGUAACUUUUGAAAAUGUUUACAUGUCUGUUAAGCAGUGUUAUGUUAUGGGUUUUAUAGCGUCUGACUACCUGUGGAUUUGGACAUUUGUCCUAUAAGGUUUGUGUCAUGUGCCUGGCACGUCACUCUGUCCUCUUUUCUGUCUGUCUUUCUUUCAGACACUCUGUUAUUACUGUCUUUGGGUGUUUACUGUAUAUUCUCAGUGUUUUAUUUCUGAAAGCCAAAACAUUUCUAGGAUAUGUUUUUAUACUUUCUGUUUGUGUUAAGGAACAUUAUAAGCACUGAGUGGGCCUUUGUGUAAACUGUUGGAUUGACUAUGGGCUGUCUGUAAAUGUGCUAUCUGUGGUUUGUGCUUUGACUUGGUCAUGGUUUGCAGUGAAAGGACACUGUGUCUGUGUCUGUGUCCUGGGUCUUACCUCUGGGCCUGAGCACAAUGUCCUGUAGUUAUUCCUGCAGGGGUAGUUUUACAUGUCAUGGUUUUGCACAUUUGACUAGGCUGUAUACAUAGUAGUGUGUGUAUCUACUGUAUUUGAAUGGGCGUGAACUGCUUGCGGUUUAGAUAGAGGAUUGUUUUCAGUCCAUCAUAUAUAGUACAGAGUGAAUAUUAUACACUGAGUAUACCAAACAUUAGGAACACCUUCCUAAUAUUGAGUUGCACCCCCUCUUUUACGCUCAGGACAGCCUCAAUUCGUCGGGGCAUGGACUCUACAAGGUGUCGAAAGCGUUCCACAGGGAUGCUGGCCCAUGUUAACUCCAAUGCUUCCCACAGUUGUGUCAAGUUGGUUGGAUGUCCUUUGGGUGGUGGACCAUUCUUGAUGCACACAGGAAACUGUUGAGCGUGAAAAACCCAGCAGCGUUGCAGUUCUUGACACACUCAAACCGGUGCGCCUCGCACCUACUACCAUACCCCGUUCAAAGGCACUUAAAUCUUUUUUCUUUCCCAUUCACCCUCUGAAUGGCACACAAACACAAUCCAUGUCUAAAUUGUCUCCUCCCCUUCAUCUACACUGAUUGAAGUGGAUUUAACAAGUGACAUCAAUAAGAGAUCAUAGCUUUCAACUGGAUUCACCUGGUCAGUCUAUGUCAUGGACUGGUGUUCUUAAUGUUUUGUAUACGCAGUUUAUUUUUGCAAAGGAAUUCUAUUUCCUGGUUUUUUACCAUUUUAUUUGUUUAGUGUGGUGCCUACUUAUGGGAAACCCCACCCAUGGUAUUCAAACCCAGUGACAGAUCAUGACAACCCUUGACCUUUAAGCCUUGAUUCUCUACUUAAUUUAACCCUUGAUCCUGUCAGAUGCUGGCCACCCUUCUGAUCACCCGGCAGUUUGUCCAGAACGUGAAAGAGGUGCUGCAGCCUUACCUGUACGAGCGCCACAAGCUGGGCGAGCUCACCCUGCGCGGCGUCUGGGACCUGCUCCUCUCAGCCCUGCUCAAGUACUGCCGGCUGGCCGCAAGAAAGGCCCAGGCUUCACCCACCGACCAGGCCGUGCCGGGCCACGGCCUGAGGGGAACCAGAUCCGGGCUGGGACAGCCUGACCGCAGGUAAUGCUGACUCAACGGCUUAUAUUAAUUCAUGAAUAAGUUAAAUGAGAGCUCUUUUUUUUUAGGGCAUGUUUCUUUGAGCGUAGACAAGCCUAUGUUUUGAUAUGUUUGAGGAUGUGUGACCUAUUCACAUUAUUACAUGGCUAACCCAAUACAAUAGUGUUGAUUAGACUAAAGUAAGUGGAAGCCUAACCUUUCUGCUGUUCUGCAGGGAGAAGAAGUGUCUAAACGGGGGAUGUGGGGUGCCUGACGAGGAGGAAGGGGAGAGGGAGGAGAGGGACAGCGGGAGGUUCAGUGAGGGAGAGAACGAGGAGUUGAUAGACUGUGGCCUGAAGCUGAGGAAGGUUAGCUUCAUAGAGAAGGCGGACAGGAAGUCGUCUGGAGGGGGCUGCGUUCCCACAAUAGAGGACAGUUUCCUGGAGGAUGGCAGCCCCACCAUGGUGGAGAAGGGGAUGGACCCGGCCUCGGUGUUCGAGACGUAUGAUGAUGACGAUGACAAUGAGAUGAAGGACACGGGUGGUUCGGCCAAUGAAAGUGUGGCGGCUGCCCCACUGCCUUCUGGGCCGGAGAGCACGGUGACGGUGCGUCAUCGCAGAAGGCAGAGAAGUUUGGAGAGACUAGACUCUAAGACCAAGAGGGAGUCGUGGAUCGACCCGCCAGAGGAGCAAGAGAGUACGAGUCUGGCACAGGCUGAGAUAGAGAGCUGCAUGCAGACCUAUGAGGUAGGACAGCACACACACGUACGUAGGUAUAUACACACGCACACACACACACACACAUUAACUAACUAAUGAACGCGCUCACUCACUAUGUGAACUAUGUCAACAAUGCCAACUCUCUAAAUAGACAAUCCCAUCAUCCCAUAUCCAUAAGGCUUAAACCAACUAGAGAAACAAACCCCAUCAGUGCUGUAGUUCUAUUUGCGUUGCCAUACUGAGUAACGUAGCUGGCCAUGUGUAGCUGAUCAUGUGCUUGCUGAGCAUGGAUUCCUGUUACCAUGGACCUUGAUUUACACCAUGCUUACUCAGGUCAUGCCUCCGUCCAUAUGAUACUCCAAAACACCCUGUCUAGGGUCCUACACAAUCUGUCAUUGGAUGCCUAAAGUGAUUUGAGCUCUGAACUCUAUUCCCUGUAUGUUGUUGGGAUUCUGGGAUGGUAUGGGUGGGUUCUAAGUUUACCUUGUGGGGAACACUUCUAGUUAUAUUAUUGACUACUUAGCUAACUUGAAUGUAAUGACAUGGUCAUAAAUAAAUAUAUAUUUCACCUAAUUGUAACAUCCUGUCAUAAAGAACACAUGUUCACCUAAUAAAAAAAAAUUUCCCAUAAAGAGGGUAAAAAAAUAUACAGUGGGGAGAACAAGUAUUUGAUACACUGCUGAUUUUGCAGGUUUUCCUACUUACAAAGCAUGUAGAGGUCUGGAAUUUUUAACAUAUGUACACUUAAACUGUGAGAGACGGAAUCUAAAACAAAAAUCCAGAAAAUCACAUUGUAUGAUUUUUAAGUAAUUAAAUUGCAUUUUAUUGCAUUACAUAUGUAUUUGAUACAUCAGAAAAGCAGAACUUAAUAUUUGGUACAGAAACCUUUGUUUGCAAUUACAGAGAUCAUACGUUUCCUGUAGGUCUUGACCAGGUCUGCACACACUGCAGCAGGGAUUUUGGCCCACUCCUCCAUACAGACCUUCUCCAGAUCCUUCAGGUUUCGGGGCUGUCGCUGGUCAAUAUGGACAUUCAGCUCCCUCCAAAGAUGUUCUAUUGGGUUCAGUGGCUAGGCCACUCCAGGACCUUGAGAUGCUUCUUACGGAGCCACUCCUUAGUUGCCCUGGCUGUGUGUUUUGGGUCGUUGUCAUGCUGGAAGACCCAGCCACGACCCAUCUUCAAUGCUCUUACUGAGGGAAGGAGGUUGUUUGCCAAGAUCUCGCGAUACAUGGCCCCAUCCAUCCUCCCCUCAAUACGGUGCAGUCGUCAUGUCCCCUUUGCAGAAAAGCAUCCCCAAAGAAUGAUGUUUCCACCUCCAUGCUUCACGGUUGGGAUGGUGUUCUUGGGGUUGUACUCAUCCUUCUUCUUCCUCCAAACACGGCGAGUGGAGUUUAGACCAAAAAGCUGCAGGAUUUUAAUCCAUGACGGCGUAGUGUGUUACUAAUGGUUUUCUUUGAGACUGUGGUCCCAGCUCUCUUCAGGUCAUUGACCAGGUCCUGCCGUGUAGUUCUGGGCUGAUCCCUCACCUUCCUCAUGAUCAUUGAUGCCCCACGAGGUGAGAUCUUGCAUGGAGCCCCAGACCGAGGGUGAUUGAGCGUCAUCUUGAACUUCUUCCAUUUUCUAAUAAUUGCGCCAACAGUUGUUGCCUUCUCACCAAGCUGCUUGCCUAUUGUCCUGUAGCCCAUCCCAGUCUUGUGCAGGUCUACAAUUUUAUCCCUGAUGUCCUUACACAGCUCUCUGGUCUUGGCCAUUGUGGAGAGGUUGGAGUCUGUUUGAUUGAGUGUGUGGACAGGUGUCUUUUAUACAGGUAACGAGUUCAAACAGGUGCAGUUAAUACUGUGAGAGCCGGAAUUCUUACUGGUUGGUAGGUGAUCAAAUACUUAUGUCAUGCAAUAAAAUGCAAAUUAAUUACUUAAAAAUCAUACAAUGUGAUUUUCUGGAUUUUUGUUUUAGAUUCCGUCUCUCACGGUUGAAGUGUACCUAUAAUAAAAAAUUACAGACCUCUACAUGCUUUGUAAGUAGGAAAACCUGCAAAAUCGGCAGUGUAUCAAAUACUUGUUCUCCCCACUGUAUAUAUGCACUGUAUCUGCGAGUUGUUGGCUAGAGCACACGUGCCAAUACCAGAGUGGGCACACUCGCUGUAUAGUGCAACAUUUUUGUGAGAAAACCAUCAGUAGUUGAAAAUGCAAUGGAAACCCAUUUUACUUCUUUUUUAUUCUGUACAUUGGAAUUUGAACCGCAAAAGGUAUUUUUAUGUGCAUUACGUCAUCAAGCACAUUCUUUUAUCCAGUCAAUUUGAUGGAAACACAUCUCUGGUGGGAAAAUCUGCAUAUUGUUUUAAUGCACAUUUUUGAAUAUUCGCAUUAAAAUCUGUCGCCAAUUGGAUGGAAACCUAGCUACUGAUGGUGAAAACUUGGAGAAAUGUUGGGGUUAAGUGGAUUAAAAUCUUCCUAGAAGUCACGGAGGGGCAUGUCAAAAUGUUGAAUUCCAGCACUUUAGCAAGUUUUUAUUCAUAUAGAAAAUCUGAUUUAUUGAAUUCUCCAUGUGGUCUAUAUUAAAAGGCACUUCAUUUAAUAUAACUUUAAAAUGCAAUAUUGGUGCACAAUUUCUACUUCAAAUAUCAAAGGGACGCAAAAGGCACUCUUUUUGUGGAAAGACCCUACUGUGCAGAUACAGUAUGUAUUACCACCAAGAAAUCUAAAUACAUGGUAUCUGUGUCUGGCACUCUGCACUCAGAAUCAACUGUCAGUACCAAUAAAUCCUAAAGAUAUUACUUUAGGUCUUUCGCCGUCACUGUGCGAGGCUAAGUUAGCCAUGACUAACUAACGUCCCAUACAUGUACAACUACAUUUACACAACUUCUGUUCCUUACUGAAACAAUAAAGAUAUCAAACACUGUGAUAAUCAUCUAUCCAUGUCACAGUGCUGACAGUGUCCCUUGUGUAUUUUGUCCCUUCCAGGACACCUUCCAGGACUACCAGGAGAUGUUUGUCCAGUUUGGCUAUGUGGUUCUCUUCUCCUCAGCCUUCCCCUUGGCGGCCAUGUGUGCCCUCAUCAACAACAUAAUCGAGAUCCGCAGCGACGCCUUCAAGCUCUGUACCGGCAUGCAGAGGCCCUUUGGUCAGAGGGUGGAGAGCAUUGGACAGUGGCAGGUAGGACAGUCUGUUCAAGCUCAGUACUUAAUAUAAUGUCAAAUUGAAAAUAACUUACAAAUUAUUUAUUUUUUAAUGAUACUUAGGGACAGUGGCAGGUAGGACUGAAGGACAGUGGCAGGUAGGACUGAAGGACAUUGGCAGGUAGGACUGAAGGACAGUGGCAGGAAGGACUGAGGGACAUUGGCAGGUAGGAACUGAGGGACAGUGGCAGGAAGGACUGAGGGACAGUGGAAGGUAGGGCUGAGGGACAGGUAGGACUUAGGGACAGGACAGGUAGGACUGAGGGACAUGACAGGUAGGACUGAGGGACAGUGGCAGGUAGGACUGAAGGACAGGUAGGACUGAGGGACAGGUAGGACUGCGGGACAGGACAAGUAGGACUGAGAGACAGGACAGGUAGGACUGAGCGACAGGUAGUACUGAGCAACAGGUAGGACUGAGGGACAAGGACAGGUAGGACUGCGAGACAGUGACCUUUCGUAUAAACCUAAUCAUGAAUUGACCUUGGGUAAGCUUUAUAGGCAUGAGGUUUGUUAUACUGUAUGUACAUAUAAUAAGCCUGUCUGUUGUGUGUGUCUCUCUCUCUCUGCAGACAGCAAUGGAGGCCAUGGGUCUAAUCGCCAUCAUAGUCAACUGUUACCUGAUUGGUCAGUGUGGUCAGCUUCAGCGACUCUUCCCCUGGCUCAGCCCUGAGAUGGUCAUCAUCUCCAUCGUCAUCCUCGAAGUACAGACUUUACUACCGUCACACACCUGACAUCAGCUAAUGCCUAGGCAUGUUUUAUGAGUUAGUCUCUCAGUCUCACUCUGUUUCAGUGUUGGCAGGGUUUAAAUAGGGAUUUUGUAGGUGGUAGACUAACUCUCAGCACUGGUCCGGUCAGAUUUGAUUGACGUCUUCUAAUAGUUGAGGUGAGGAUAUAUGGCUGGGAAACUGAUCUCAGAGCAGCUCAACCUCUCAAACUGACAGCAGCCCAGCAGGCCUUAUAGACUUGUCUCUUUAGAAGUCACCACAGUGAGCUAUGGUCAUUGUAGCAUCUUCCAAAAUACAUAUUUCAAACGUUUAUUAUAACCUGUAGCUGCACCAAUGUGUUUUAGCAUCAAGCCGUCCUCAGUGUGCAGUAUGAGAUUAAGUCAAAAUAAUAAAUAUGACAUAUAUUUUGGAGACUGCUGUCCUAUUGCAUGUUAUUUGCAAUUUCAUAUUAACUUCCUCCUUUCUUUAAAUCUUUCGUAAGUAAAGAUGUCAAAGUUGUUUUAUAUCCCAGAGAAGGGAUUUUCAUUAGAACGGUAUCUACCAUGUUGAAGCUAGUCUUUCUCACUAGUCAGCAGCAGGUGUCUUAGGCCACUAUGAAAGCUUAGAAACAAGUAAGACUAUUUUAAAGCUAACCACAGCUACCUCAAUGAAAUGUAUCCUUCUCUGAGGCGGAUUUCAGCUCUUCAACUAAGUGCCCGUAGCAGUAAAAAUUAUCAAGUGUGAUAUGAGGCGGUUCAUUCCUGGGUAUUUCUGUGGUUGUUGACAAGGCAGAUGGGUGGUGAGUGAUGUGAACCCUACUCCCAGCCAGAGACUGUACAUACCUGUAAAAAAUCUCAAGGGUUACACGAUCUCUGGACAUCUGCCGGUGGUGAGGUGUAAAGGGGAGAGGAGGGGGGUGCACAGAAUAGGACAGAGUCUCAACAUACUAAAUAAACACAGCACAGCACUGCACUGCAGACAGAAAACAGCUCACAGGUAAACAGCUCUCUGGCUUGGCCUGCUAACUCAAAUAGCCUGACCAGCCUAAUCUUUUCAAUGUUAUAACGUUCUUUCUCGCUCGCUCACUCUCUCAGCACUUUGCCAUCCUGCUGAAGUACAUCAUUCACGUUGCGAUCCCAGACAUCCCCAGCUGGGUAGGAGAGGAGAUGGCAAAACUGGAGUACCAACGCAGGGAGGCCUUUAAGGUAAAUUGUCCAUGCCUGAAUCACAUUGGUGUUGUGAGGAGUUCAUUGUAUCAAUCAAUCAAUAAUCAAUCAAAUUGAUUUAGAAAGCCCUUUUAAUAUCACCAGUUGUCACAAAGUGACCCAGUAACCCAAAGUGAUACAGUAAUGCGGCCUAGACCUUAAAGAGCAAGCAGAAGUAGAGGCACAUUGGGUAGGAAAACUCCCCAGAAGGAAGAAACCUAGAGAGUAACCUGGCUCAGAGGGCUGGCCCAUACUCUUCUGGCUGUACCUGGUAGAGGUUAAGAGUGAAUAGAUAGUUUCUCUGGUUCAGAGUGUGCACAUUUUUGUCAGACUGUGUUUGUAUGAGUUGUUGUAACGGUUGUUUCUUUCCCUACAGAAGCACGAGCGGCAGGCGCAGCAACACUAUCAACAGCUACAGAGGAGGAGGAGAGAGGAGGAGGAGAGGCAGAGGCAGGCGGAGCACCAGGCUCGCAGGGAGAGGGAGAGAGAUGAGGGGAAGGACUCCUCCGGGGGAGACCACCACCACGACAAGAGCCACGGGGGGAAGUCCCGUACUGGGGGGGGUGGAGGGGGGGACAAGCCCAAGAGGCCCAGCUCCCUCCUGGCCAACAACAACGUGAUGAAGCUCAAACAGAUCAUCCCCUUACAGAGCAAGUUCUCCUCCUGCAGCGCGCGCUCCCCUCAGUCUCCCAUCGGAAACGAACCCAAGCUCCCCGGGUUCCUUAGCUUCAAGUUCCUCAAGUCACCCGAGAAUAAGAAGGAAGCGGCGGCUGCUGCUGCAGCAGCGGCCGCCACGGCAACAAAUAGCACGACGUCCAUGACCGCCCCAAGCGGUAACCAGGAGUGGUCUCAGUCGCCAAGCAAGUCAUUCAACCCGGGGAAACUGUUUAACUUUGGGAAGUCGGAGGGGGGCUCCUGUGUGAACGGGUCCCAGUUACCCCGACCAGGGGAGGGGUCCCAGGGAUCUGACAAACAGCCCGCCAAGUCUAACCUGAACGGGGUGCCGGACGAGAUCCCUUCACCUGGAGGGGACGGGGAGGAGAACGAACGCCACACAGACUCCUCGGACCCUAAAGUC